GUCCCGGAAUGUAUGGAUUUUAGAAAAAAGCUUCAGAGUAGUUCUGCAACCAUUGAAAAAGACAACGAUCGUUUCUUACCUAAACAACAGUUAGAACAACAGCCAUUGGAGGCUAAAAGAAUGCCAAAUAUCAAGGUGUUUUCUGGUUCGUCACAUCGAGAUUUAUCGGAGAGGAUUUGCGAGCGGUUACAGUUGGAUGUUGCAAAAGCAUCACUUAAAAAAUUCAGUAAUAAGGAGACGAAUGUUGAAAUAGGUGAAAGUGUACGUGGGGAAGAUGUCUAUAUAAUUCAAAGUGCAUGUGGUGAAAUAAAUGAUCAUUUGAUGGAGCUAUUAAUAAUGAUAAAUGCCUGUAAGAUUGCCUCAUCGUCCCGCGUAUCUGCCGUCAUUCCGUGCUUUCCUUACGCUCGUCAAGAUAAAAAGGAUAAAUCUCGUGCGCCAAUUAGUGCGAAACUUGUUGCAAAUAUGCUAUCCGUAGCAGGAGCUGAUCACAUCAUUACAAUGGACUUACAUGCUUCUCAAAUACAGGGCUUCUUUGAUAUCCCUGUGGAUAAUCUGUUUGCAGAACCGGCAAUUCUAAAAUAUAUUAAAGAGUCGAUACCGAAUUGGCAGGAGGCAGUUAUUGUAUCACCAGAUGCAGGUGGUGCAAAACGAGUAACUUCAAUUGCUGAUCGCUUAAAUGUUGAUUUCGCACUUAUUCACAAAGAACGGAAAAGGGCCAACGAGGUGGAAAAGAUGACACUUGUUGGUAAUGUUCGUGACAGGGUUGCUUUAUUAGUUGAUGAUAUGGCCGAUACAUGCGGAACGAUUUGUCUUGCUGCUGAAAAGUUAGUUGAAGCAGGAGCAAGUGCAGUGUACGGAUUUUGUGUACAUGGGAUUUUCUCAGGGCCGGCAAUACAAAGAUUGAACAAUUCAGUGUUUGAAGCUGUGGUUGUUACAAAUACUAUACCCCAGGAACAAAAUAUGAAAAAAUGCUCUAAAAUUCAGUGUAUUGACAUUUCGAUGAUUCUGGCCGAAGCAAUUCGACGUACUCAUAAUGGCGAGUCAGUGUCCUACCUUUUCUCACAUGUUCCUAUGUGAAUUCGACAAGCAUUUAUGCUGAUGCACUGUUAGUGCCGCUGGCCACUGCUGCUAUCAAAAGUAUUAGAAUGAGGAGAAUUAAGCGUUAUUUUCAGCACUUUCAAUCAGCCUUUUUUAUUUCAAUAUUGUUUAAAUUAUUGCACUCUCACUACAAGUUUGUAAAUUUGUAUUACCCUAAAUUUGUGUUACCCUUUUUCACAUUUACGCUUGUCUGUUGGAUUUAUGCAUAAUAUUUUCAUUAAUAUUAGGAA